UACAGCUAAGCUGCAAAUCAUUUAUCUGAGGUGCGCAAAUAGAUUCAAGUAACCAUUUCGAAGUGGUAACCGUUUCGAACAAUAUAUAUGUGCUAUAUUUGGCAUUUUGUUGUCAUUCGCAAAAAAAAAAACAUUUUACAGUUUCAACAGACACCUUUCAACAUAUAUUAGAGCCUUCGUGAUUUAGCUAACACGUUUUUUAUAAUUUAAAAUUAGUUUUUUAGGAAAUUUCAACAAAUUGAAGAGUGAAAGAAAAAGUUUACCCAACCCUUUUUGAGCUUGUCCACCUUGUCGACCUCCAUCAUUUUGGGAUCCGGAGAAGUUGGAGUAGUUGAGAUAACUGUGGUUUGUUAUGGCCGAUGAACUAAACCCCUUGGCAGGCACAGCACAUCUUUUAGAUGAAGUAGAUAAAAAGCUUAUGGUUCUUUUAAGAGACGGACGGACUUUAAUUGGGUAUUUGCGUUCGGUGGAUCAAUUCGCUAAUCUAGUAUUACAUCGCACUAUUGAACGUAUUCAUGUCGGCAAUAACUAUGGAGAUAUAGAGCGCGGCGUGUUUAUUAUUCGAGGGGAAAAUGUUGUUUUAUUGGGAGAAAUUGACCGGGGUAAAGAAUUGAAGUUGCCGUUAAAGGAAAUAUCUGUGGAAGAGAUUUUGGAUGCGCAACGACGUGAGCAAGAGCAAAGGCAAGAAAAACAUCGUUUGAUUUCAAAAGCUUUAAAAGAAAGGGGCUUAGCUGUCAAUUCCGACAUUAUCAAUGAAGAUUUUUGCUGAUAUGUAUAUGAGUUUGCCUGAAUAUUAAAAAGCUUUUUUGCAAAAAUUGUUUGAUCCGACGUCUUCAAUGCCUUUACAUUUUCCUUAAACUUGCAUUAUUUAAAUUUUAAUUGCCUAUUUUGCUACAAUUCUAGACAACGUUCUAAGCUUAUGAAAUUUAUACUUACAUAUAUAUAUAAUAUAAGGAUCAUUAUUUUCUAUUUGAAAUAGAUAUUUAGAGACGAUCUUUCGUUCUCUAAUCCGUCUAAAUUAAACAUAAUCUUUCAUUUUCGAAGGAUGGCUUUCCUUUGUAUUUACACUAUGAAAUUUGACUGAGAUUUGGUCAAUACCAUAUUUUGACUAUUAGCAUCUCAUGUUUUAUCUGUAACAACAAGUUUACAGUGAUAUAAACAACUCAGAAGGAAUGCGGCAAACAUCGAUUCAAGUACUGAAGCAAUGUACAAUUCUACUAAAGUGAAAUUUUUUUUUACUUUUUCAAAAUGUAAUCUUUUAUUAUA